AUGGACAGCUUGUUUGAUCUCAGGUCAAGCUCAAGGAUCCGGAAGCGCAAGUGUUGGAGUGGCGAAAGGCUGGUACCACCCCCAGUUACCGCUGCAGCUUUUACUUCACAACCAGUCACGGCUUCUACUCGGGCAGCAACUGCACCAAGUGCAACAGCCGUAAAGCCUACCGCCGCAGCCACAGCAGGCCAACCUGCAGCUGCCAGUGGAGAAAAGCCACCCACCAGUGGUGCGGUCUCGCUUGGUGUUCCCAGAGGUGGCCGAGGCAGAGAACUCGGGAGGCGCACAGAUCCGUCCUUGCCCACGGAUGUUGAGAUAGAAGAAAUGGAACCCCUACCAGCUGAAAACAUUGAUGCUGUCAUCACGAACAACCUCGUACUCUUCCGCAGUAUUGGUGGGCUACAAGAGCAGAACCAGAAGCUACUCAAGAUUGUACGUGAGCUCGGCUCUAAAAUGGAGGCGGAAGAGCGUGAGUACCGCGAAGCGCUCGACCAAGAGCAGAGUGAAGCCAUGAGAGAGGCGAUUCAAGAUCUAGCCGCACAGCUUGAGAGGCAGAAGAAGAGCAGCGAUAUGACAAUUCAGGCAUACAUGAAGGAGCGGAAUGCGUUGAAAGCCAUGCUUGCGCGGGCUGAGCGCUCGGGACUGCAUGCGGGCAUCAACGGUGACAUCAACGGCGUCGCUGGUCCUAUCAAGAACGAUCUAGCUGCGGAACUUGAAGACGUGCAAGCUCGGUUCGAGGCUUAUAAAGCUGAGAUGGGUACGGAUUCCGUGAAGCUUCAAGAGGAGUUACAGCAAGCGCAUCACAAUCUCGGGCAGGUUAAUGUUAUGCUUGCCAAGGCUAAUGCUAAGAUCGAAUAUCUCACUGACCGUCAUCGCAUGAGCCAAGACGAAGCAGCGUUACAUACCCGCGAUCUCGACAACUUGACCAAACGCAAUCAACAACUCUACGACCGGUAUAUCCGAAUUGAUAUCGAGUGCAAUCAAGCUCAGCAGGAGUUGUCCGAGGCUAAUAGUCGUGUCAAGCAGUUACGCAAUGAGAAUGCAAACCUGCGUGCAAAGAAGAAAAUAUAG